UAUAUCAUUUUGCCAACAAAUCCACGCAACCGUAAUUUACUUUCCUUGCCAAGCACACUUCUCUGUAAGGACUUUCACAAAUUGUAAGGUAAGUUAUUAGUUCUUAUCCUCCACUUAUAAUUUUCAUCUCUUCCACCGUUUGUAUAAUUUUGUGGGUUUCGGUCUAAUUGCGAAGAGACUGUGGAAAGAGAGUGCACCUCGUUUCAUCAGCAAGAAUAUAUUCGUUUGGUAUCAGUUCACUUAGAAGACCCUUAAAGUAAAACCAACAGUGUCUUUAACUAUGUUUCAAAUGAUGUUUCAAUCUGACUAUGGAUUUUAAAACCCCCAAAACCAGUUUUUAAUAUCUUAGUGGGUUGCGAGAAUCAGUAAUGAUGAUCACAUGAUUAGCACCACGUAAUAACGAAAGCGGAAAAUAUGAAAGAGUUCCCAAAGAAAUGACUUGUUCAUAAACGAACACAAAUGUAGUGAAGGAAAAUACAAUUAAGCAUCUAUUUAUUUAGCUAGGUAUUUUGAGUAAUAAGCGGGCUGGCGAGUUGAAUUUCUCCAGCAGGAAAAGUCGUAGAAACAGGCAACGAGGGCCAUGAUUACGUGCAUUACAAGUGACUUUUCUUCCCCGAAGAAAAUUGUUAAAGUGAAUUAUUAGUCAUGACCUGGCCGCAAUGAAAUGUUAUGUCUUUCCGAAAUUUGUGAAACUUUAAUCCUCAUUCACAAAAAGAACAUACCCAAGCUUUUCAUUUAUGACGGAAAAUGAUAGUUCCGAGAAAACAUUAAAUAUUCAGAUACAGAUAAUUAACUGAUUCAGUGGCUUGAAAGGACAACGUAGCCAUUGUAAAAUACCCCCUGCAUUGCAGUGUCUUAGUAAUGUUAACGUUCAGGAGCUUUAAUGGCUCAAGUAUUUUAGCUCUCCGGAACGUUGUAUCUGUGCAGGUACUUACUAGAAUUAAACUAAAAAUGACAGCAAAACUUUUAAGAAUUUUACCUCUUGAAAAUGAAUUUAUAGAAUACUCACUAGCCUGUUUUUUUCCUUUCAGUUUCUUGGAAUAGCUAAUAUAUUCCAAAAUAAAUACAUUUUCUAGGAAAAGCGUAAAUUGUACUAAGCAGCGAAUUAUUUAUCUUUUUCGGUUGACGUCAAGAAGGCCAUGCUGGUGAAUUUUUUGUAAAUUUUUAUCUACCCGCAUGGCCGCCUUGUCACAUAACAAGUAUUCUAUUGAUCGUCCAAUGCCUGAAUAGAAUUGCAGGCGAUAUUGUGCCGUUGCCAACAAAGAUUGUCGUUGAUUUGCUUUCAUUGGCGAUUAUCAGCACUGUUACCAACUCUUUGAACUUUUUUGGUGUAUCUCUCUUGCUGUGGAGUAAAACAGUAGUGGUUAUUUCCAGCUGAGGUUGAGCGAAUCGAAAACAUUUCUUGCUUCCUCUUUCGAUAAGUUUCUAGUAUUUUGCCCUCUUGUCGAAGUAAACCAACUUCGUCUUCGUAUCAGUAAACUUUUUACACCCUUAAAGCGAAUUAGUAAGGAUAGACUAACGAUGGCAACACAAUAACCCUGAACGAGGAUUUUGACAUAUCGAUGCUGGGAUUUGAAAGAGCGAUGUAGAUCUCGAUUGAUGUAUAGUGGAUAUUGGCCAAAAAGUUUUUUUUAGCUUGGUUGAGCUUGUUACAGCUGUGAGAAUAAACGCCUCUCUCGAUCUUUUAAAUGCCCACACUUGAACCCUCAAAACUAAAUAGAAGAUCCGGGUGUUUAUUAGGUCAUUAACGGUACGCUGAAUUAUUACUGUUCCAUUUACCCACCUCACUAAAACUCAUACUGCGGUUUAUUCCAUCUGUGGUGAUCUGGGUACGGCUAGUCAGGGUUUGUCAUAUCUAACAACGAAGUGUUCACACUUGAGAACGUAAACCUCUGCGAUUUUCUCAAAUUUUACUGAUGGUACUUGACAAAUUAAGAGGUUGGUCUCCGUAACUGAGCGUUCCACUCGAUUUUGGACUCGAAAAAACUUUUGCCUUGUAAUUUUACCAUCAACACUACUAGCCAUCCUAAUAACGAAACUGCAGUUAGAAUGAGGAAAUUGAUCAUUUUAUUGCCAUUCCCAGCAUUUCAUUGCUGGACCGGCCGUUAGCGGCUAAAAUGUGCAAAUUUUAGUUUCUGUUAUACAGGUUUUUAACGAUCGUUCUAAAGUUCUUCGGGUCAUCAAAUCCUAGACUAUUUGCACUCAUUUAGAAGCAUAUUACUUCUUCUUACUGUUCCAAUACCGUUUAGGCAUUAUCUUUCUGUAAUCAGCAAAAACUGGUCAUCUUUAUUUCGCUAAUCCAAUUAAGAAAGCAAACUGCACGAAAAAAUGCCUCAAAAUCAUCAGAAAAUUCUCCAAAGUGGCACCUAAACUAGACCUAAAAACAUGUUUCAGUUAAAAAUUAAUAGCUAGUUUGUCAAGUUAUGCAAUAAAACUUGUGGCACAACGCGAUUCAGAAUUGAAGGUUUCAACUCAAAUUUAGGCGAAUGUUCAAUUUGCG